AUGGGCUCAACACAGAAAGUUGUUGUUGUCGGCGCUGGCCCGGUGGGUUCAUUGGCGGCAUUGUACGCAGCAAACCGCGGCCAUGCAGUUGAAAUAUACGAGCUUCGAAGUGAUCUUCGCGACCCGUCGACCACGCCACUCAACUUCACCAGAUCUAUCAACCUCGCUCUCUCAGAACGCGGUCUCAAUGCUAUGCGCCAUGCCGGCCAGCCGAGACUUAUCGACCAUGUCAUGGCCGUCACCAUCCCCAUGCGGGGUCGCAUGAUUCAUGGCAAGCUUCCAAACGGCGAGCUUUACGAGCAGGCUCAAGACUACGAUGUCCACGGAAGGUCAAUUCUUGCCAUCGACCGUGGCGGCCUUAAUAAGCGUAUACUUGACAUUCUAGAAGACAUGCCGAACGUGACCUUCUUCUUCAACCAUAAGCUGACGGGAGCCGACUUCCAGAGGAACAAAGCCUGGUUUGAAGUCCGCGACACGGAGACUCGAGAGCAGCGGCCCAAAGAAAUCGAAGUCCAAUUUGACAUGAUGAUUGGUGCUGAUGGCGCCCAUUCCGCCGUUCGAUACCACAUGAUGAAGUAUGCACGGAUGGACUACCAGCAAGAGUACAUCGAUACUCUGUGGUGCGAGUUUCAGAUCCAGCCGAGAAAGGAGUCUCAGCCUGGUUCAACUUCCAAGUUCAAGAUAUCACCAAACCAUCUCCACAUCUGGCCGGGCCGUGAUUUCAUGUUUAUCGCCAUUCCUAGCGAGGACGGCUCCUUUACAUGUACGCUGUUUGCACCGGUCGCCCGCUUUGAGGAGCUUGAAGCCGACGCAGCGGGGACUCAAAUCCCAGAGUUUUUCGACAAGUACUUUCCCGGAGUCACAUCUCUCAUCCUGCCCGAAGAGCUUGUAGCAUCCUUCCGCCAAAACCCGCACCUCCCGCUCAUUAGCGUCAAGUGCAAGCCCUACCACCACUCAUCGUCUGUCGUGGUCCUCGGCGACGCCGCGCACGCCAUGGUGCCCUUCUACGGGCAGGGCAUGAACGCCGGGCUCGAGGACGUGCGCAUUCUAUUUGGGAUCCUGGACAAGCACUCGCGCGAGAACGGCACGGCGGCGGCGAUCGAGGCGGGCGUUCUGCCCGCCGACGCGGCCGCAUCGCAGCGCGCGCUAGCCCUCGCCGAGUACUCGGCGGUGCGCGUGCCGGACGCGCACGCCAUCAACGACCUAGCGCUGCAGAACUACACCGAGAUGCGCGCGUCGGUGCUCUCGCCCGCCUACCGGCUGCGCAAGUUCCUCGAGGAGUCGCUGUCCGUCUACGUGCCCCGCCUGGGCUGGCAGACAAAGUACUCGCGCGUCUCGUUCGGCAACGAGUGCUACUCGGACGUCGUCGCCAAGAGCGAGCACCAGGGCAGGGUGCUGCUGCGCGGCCUCGUCGGCGCCCUCGGCAUGCCGCUGAUUGCCGGUGGCGUGUUCUUCGCGCUGCGGUACAGGCGCGCCGCCGACGUCGGCGCGCGGCUCGGGCAGUUCAUGAGCUCGCUGGCGGGGUUUAUUUUGCACAAGUACUAA